AGCCUUGAUGAUAUUUUUUAUCAGUAUGACGCAUAUGAGAUUUUGUUUCAUUUUAUGCAAUCUCUGUUCUCUUGUGUUGUUUUAUCUAAUCUUGCAUGGUGCGGGGUUUGUUUCUCUGCUUUCUUUUUUCUUGCCCGUGGCGUUUAUUAUCUUGUUGUCUUUUUCUACAAAUAUUCUUAUUCUCGCUGCAUCUUUUUGCAUUGAAAAUCUAUGUGUCUUUUUUUUUAGUCCAUUUCCAUGCAUGUUUCUGGGCCAUUGUCAAUCUAAAUGAAAAGCGUCUUCCUAUACUGACUGGUGCAUGUAUGUAUGUGUGUAUAUGUGUGUGUGUUGGAGGGAGAGCUGUGUCUUUUUUUUUACAUAACAAAGCAUUAUUAUUAUUAUCAUUAUUACUAUUGUGCUUUUCUCUUCUUUUUUUAUCUUAUUUUAUUUUAAUUUUUGGCCUUUUUCUCUAAAUGAUAUCCCUGUAAUUCCCUACAUACAUAUCAGAGAGAGUCUGCUUAAUUGAAUGCGAUGAUCCACUUAUAACUAUCGCAUACUUUCCUAGAACUUUGCUCUGAAGGUGUAAAAUUGUAAAAGAAGAGAGGAAGAAGGCUGCGCAAACUCCGAUUAA